GUGACUUGUGACAUAUAUAGAGAAAAAAUUCUUUUAUUCCAGUUUUAUUUAGUUUUUGCAUCGGAAAAUUGCCUGGAAACUGCUUGUAAGAGAGUCAUUGAAAGAGAACAUAUGCAGGACACUCAUAACAAUGAACACAUGGCAUGGUCACGGAGUGACGGAUAAUAAAAGAUGUCCUUUUUUUCUAUUAAAGACAGACAAACAACUGGGUUUAUGUUACAUAAUAAUUUGUAAACAACGAGUGCCGGUAUGACGAGAACUUACAGGUUAUUUAUACUUUCAGGUUAAUCAACCCACUGACAUAUGAUCGUCAACAGUGUCUGUGUUGAAAGUUGUUAUUUUUGCACUCUAAUUUGUGUGUUUCAAUAAUACAUUAUCUCAUUGUGUUUAUAGAUAUUAAUGAAAUAGUGUGCGUUUCUUGUUUUCCUCUUUUACAUGUAUUUCUGUCUAGUUCAGUAGUCAAUCAUGAGUAACUAUUGUGGAGACUUGCCAAAGUUUUUGAGUCCUGGGCAACAGGAGAGAUAAAUCCAAAAAGGAACUUUGAUACCAAUGAUUUUGCAAAUAUUUUUUCUACAUUAGUGCAUUUAAUUUAAUUUAAUUAUUUGGUGUAAUCUAAUUCAUUGAUGUUUCUUAUAUACAAAUUGAGUCUUCCUUUAUUUUUUGCCCCCCUUUCGAUGAAGGGAGGUCAUAUUGCUUUGCUGCCGUGUGUCUGUUGGUUCACUUAGUUUCCGUUCAUUUUCUUUGCAACCGUUGCACCUACUCAAAUGAAAUUUUGUAUACAGAUAUAUCACAUGAAUAUCUAGGUCAAGUUCUAUUUUGGGUAUGAUCGCACCAUUUUUGACAGAGUUAUACCCCUUGGACUUUGAAAAAUUUCAAUUAUUUGCAGUUUCCAUUUAUUUUCUUAGCAACCGUUGCACAUACUGAAAUGAAAUUUAGCGUACUGAUUUAUCAGAGGUAUAUCUAGAUCAUUUUCUGUUUUGGGUACCACCGCACCAUUUUUGACAGAGUUGUGCCCUUUUGGACUUAGAAAUUAAAAAGUUCCAAUUUGGGAUGAUGGGGGCAUAAGUGUUUUACAAACAUCUCUUGUUCUCUAGAUGUAUUUGAGAGAAAAUGAGCUUUAUUAAUUUUUGACCCCCGCUUGAAAAGUGGGGGAUAUUAAUUUGGGUGUGUCCGUCUGUCCGUCCGUCCGUCUUUCUGUCUGUAACACUUUCGUUUCCACACGAUAUCUCGAGAACCCUUUGAGCUUUUGCAAUGAAAUUUGGCAUAGCAACUCCCUAUGGACUAAAGAAGAACCCUAUUGAUAUUGAGGUCAAAAGGUCAAAGGUCAAGGUCAUAAAUAAGCAAAUUCUGUCUGUUCUGUUAUAACACUUUCGUUUCCACACGAUAUCUCUAGAACCAUUUGAGCUAUUGCAAUGAAAUUUUACAUAACAAUUUCCUGUGGCCUAAGGAAGACCCCUAUUGAUUUUGAGGUCAAAAGGUCAAAGUUCAAGGUCGUAAAUUUAUACAUUCUUAUGCAAUGUAAUUUUAUACCAAAACUCCCUAGGACCUCUCUCACCCCUCUCAAAGUGCCCCGCCCCGUUUGUUUUAUUAGUAUUUAUAGUAUUACAUGUCGCUAUUUUUAGCACAGGGGCAUGCGGAGAGUUAUUGCGUAUAAAACAGGAUCUCGGCGGACUUUAUGUUCUUAUUGCAUCUUUUAGAACUGUUUGAUAAAGGCUAAAUAAAUCAAACACCAUGGAUUGUGUAAAAUUUUGACAAUAUCGAACAUGAAUAUAAACAUGUAUGUGACUUCACUUCUGCAUAUACUUAACUUCAUUCAAAGCGACUCCGUGGUCUAGUGGUAUGUCUCCCGCUUCAUGUGUGAGAGGUCUCGGGAUCGAAUCUCGGACGAUCCUUUUUUUUUUUUUUAAACUUUUCUUUCUUCUUUUAAAUGAUAGUAUUCAGUAUGUGAAAAGAAAAAUUUAUGAAGUAAUAAAAUCAUAAUUACAGUGUGAUAAAUAUUCCAUAUAAAAAGAAUCUUCUAUACACAUAAUAAAGAAUAAGCAAUCAAAUCUUUAUACGCAUAUUGACAAUCAUGUAUUUUAUUUGCUUGAGUAUACAUGUAUUCAUUUAAUAAUUCUACAAAUUCAGUCAGGGAGAUCGGACUUUUUCCCUAAGCGGGGGACACGAAUUCUCUGAAUUAGCUUGUUUAUAAAUUAAAUUAAUUUCUCUAAAAAAUAUGUUGAUCGAUUAAAUUAGAUUUUUAUGGAUAUUCUGUGAGCAUAAAAAUAGACGAUAGGGUAAGAUAACAUUUUUGGUGCAGCUACAUAUUAAAAUCUUGGGAAAAAUAUUUUGAAAGUUGUGAAAUUAUUAUUUUAAAAAUUCUUUAUAAAUUACAUUUUAAUCCCUGGUCAGUUUGUAAAGGUUGAUAUGCUUGUUAAAAGUAAUGCUCAAUUAUAUGAGAACAUAAGCUGUAUGUGUUUGGAAAACCCUUAAGAUGGGACGUAUUAUGUUAUAGGCUUCAUGUCCGUCCAUCUGUCCAUUUGUGUCCGGCUCAUAACAGCACUUCAAUACUUUCAGGCCUAGGAUUAUCAAACUUGGUCAACUGAUAAUUCUUGGGUAGAUGAUGUGUCUUGCGCAAAAAGUAGGUCGCUCUGGCCUUUAAUAAAGAUGCUAUGGCCAAAUAUGGAAAAAUCCUGUUCGGCUCAUAACUAGAAAACUUACAUAAAUGUAAUAAUAUAUAUGGUACAUAUAAUUUCUGAAAAUGUGUGAAACAUCUUAGAGGUAAGUUUUAUGUGAAAAUGGUUUACCAAUUACAUGUAACUUGCAUCCCUUUUUAAAUGAUUGUAUAUUGUUUAACGUCCCUCGAGAAUUUUUCACUCAUGUGAAGAUGCCACCACUUGGCGGUGGAGAGCUGCUGAUUUUGUCCUUAACUUGGCACUCGGGACCAUUGAGCAGGAAGAGAUCUUUUUUGUGCCAGAACCUACUGCUAUUUAUUUUUGAAAGUGUCAUCGGUGAUGGCAGAAUUAUUAAUUUAAGAAUGAGUGUAUGUAUCAAGUAUAGGCAAGUCUAAUUAAUCUUGUAUAGUAUAGAUUAUAACAUUCUUGUAUUUUUUGUAGAUCACAGAAUGCCUAGGAAGAAGACUUGGAAGAAAGCUGCGGUGAAGAAGAUGAAAUCAUCUAAGGCAGAUGUGGGUGACAAGUACCCCACAGAUGUUGGCCACGUCCAACCAUCUGUGCCUCUGGGUGUAGGCCACGUCCUAACACCUAUGACAUCUGUACCGGCAGGGGUGAUCUCUACCACCCCUGUGACAGUGGUCUCUGCGGCUCUCCCUGAGACCACUUUGAAACAGAAUUUAUCUCAGAUUUUUACUCAGAAUUCAUCUCAGUUGCUUACUCAGAAUUUCUCUCAGAUUACAACUCAGAAUAUUACUCAGUUUACAAUGAACAAUAUUCCAAAAGAAACAUCACAUGCACUACAGGGUAAUUGUAUGCACCAGAAUUCAGAUAAUCUGGUGUUUGGGUCUUUCCACCAGGGAAGUAUGAGGUUUUCAUCAUUUUCAAGAGGUAAUCAGUGUACAUGCAAUUCACUUAUGAUGUUGUCAAAUUCAUAUGAAAAUUUUUCAUUUACUAGUUCCUUUUUAGAUCAGACUCUGCUCAAGGGAGAUAAUUUGUACAACACAGUUGUGAAGAAUCUUCAGAGUGCUGGAAAACUGAAAAGUAGAUUACUGAUGUUUGAUGAACUACCAAUUCAUAUUGAUUCUGGUGAAAAUCACCACAUGGUUGACAAGUUUGAUACAUUGUUUGGUUUAUUAGUUACAGAUGAUAACAAAAAUCAUAUUCAAACUCUACAUGAAUGUCUGCAACAGGCAUUGGGAUUAUCUAGAUAUAUAUUGAUAAUGAUUGGCUCAAUAUGUUCAGCACUGUACAAAGCUUCAGACAAUGAUUUUUAUUUUUUUGACUCGCAUUCUCAUGGGGAAAAUGGUUUGUCUGAUUGUGAUGGAAAGUCUUUGAUGAGACACAGUUGCUGCCUAGAUGAUUUGGUAGGGUUUCUGUAUGCAAUGUAUGAAAGUAUGCACAUUGAAUUUGCAACUGAAUUUGAGGUGAUGCCUGUUGCCUUUCAUACACUUAUUCAUAGCUUCCCUAGCAAUAAUCAAAGUGUACAUCAAUAUUGUAGAUUAGAUCAGUCAACAACCACUUUCACAAACAAACAAUCUGUUGGUAGUAGUACUGGUCAUUUAAAAACAACAGAGAUAAGGAAAGAUAAAAAGGAUUACAUGAGAGAAUAUAUGAGAAACAAAAGACAAGAUCCACAGUUUAAAGACAAGGAAAGGGACAGCAAGAGAAACAAAAGACAAGAUCCAGAGUUUAAGGACAAGGAAAGAGACAGUAUGAGAAAUAAGCGACAAGAUUCGGAGUAUAAAGGAAAAGAAAGAGACAGUAAGAGAGACAAGAGACAAGAUUCCGAGUUUAAAGAAAAAGAAAGAGACAGCAAGAGAAACAAAAGGCAAGAUCCAGAGUUUAAAGACAAGGAAAGAGACAGUAUGAGAAAUAAGCGACAAGAUUCGGAGUAUAAAGAAAAAGAAAGAGACAGCAAGAGAAACAAAAGGCAAGAUCCAGAGUUUAAAGACAAGGAAAGAGACAGUAUGAGAAACAAGCGACAAGAUCCAGAGUAUAAAGGAAAAGAAAGAGACAGCAAGAGAAACAAGAGAAAAGAUCCAGAGUUUAAAGGAAAAGAAAGGGACAUCAAGAGAAACAAGAGACUAGAUCCAGAGUUUAAAGACAAGGAAAGAGACAGUAUGAGAAGCAAGCGACAAGAUACAGAUUACAAAGGAAAAGAAAGGGACAGCAAGAGAAACAAGAGAAAAGAUCCAGAGUUUAAAGACAAGGAAAGAGACGGUAUGAGAAACAAACGGCAAGAUCCAGAGUAUAAAGACAAGGAAAGAGACGGUAUGAGAAACAAACGGCAAGAUCCAGAGUUUAAAAACAAGGAAAGGGCCAGUAAGAGAAUUAAAAGGCAAGAAGAAGAGUACAGGCAUGAUGAGCAAAUAAGAGAUUUCAUGAAGAAAAAGGAAGUGAGACAAAAUCCUAACCAGUUAGAAAAAGAGAGAUUGAAGAUGAAAGAAAAGAGAAGAAAUGAAGAAUAUAGAAUAUCGGAAAAUAUUUCUGCAAAAGAAUCAAAGGCACACUCACGUAAGAAUUUGGAUUAUAUUGAAACUGAAAAACAAAGACACAGAAAAAGUAAAUAUGGAGUUGAUGCAGUGGAGUGUGUUGACAAUUUUCACAACAAUGUAAGAUUGGGUCCUGUGUUUGUAUGCACAUGUUGCCAACAGACAUGGUUUCAUGAAAGUGUUUCAAAUGUCAAUAAUGUUUUGUUGGAUGCUGAAAUCAAAAGGAAAUAUCUUACGAAUACAAAGUCCGUAAAUGGGCAGGAAUGGAUUUGCAACACCUGCAAUUCAAACUUGAAAGAAGGUCAGACUCCAAAACUCUCUUUUGCAAAUGGAAUGACAUGGAUACAAAAACCAAGUGAAUUAAAUUUGUUACCAUUGGAAGAAAGACUUGUAUCCUUAAGAAUUCCUUUCAUGCAGAUAAGAGAAUUACCAAGAGGAGGGCAGUACUCUGUAAAAGGAAAUGUUGUAAAUGUGCCAGUUGACAUACAGCCAACAAUCAAUAGCCUUCCUAGGAGACUUGAUGAAAAUAUCACAAUACCUGUCAAGCUAAAAAGAAAACUAUCUUUUCAGCACUCUUAUUCUCAUGAAAAUAUCCGACCUACCAAGGUUUUGAUUGCUUUACAUUGGUUAAUGAAAAACAGUGAAUAUUAUCAGAAUUCAAAUAUAAACAUAGAUGACAACUGGUUUCAUGAAGUUACCAAUUCAGCAAGCGAAUUAAUGAGAGAGUUUAUAGAGGGCCACACCAAACAGGAUUCAACAUUGCGUGACCAAUCAGAUGAAUCAGACACGGACGAAUUCUGUGAAGUUGAUGGUAGUGGUAAGGAUGGAAAUUGUGAUACACUACUAGACAGUGACUCAUUUGAUAUGAAUCAGAUCUUCACAUUUGCUCCAGGAGAGGGACAACGUCCAAUUAGUUUGUAUCAAGAUCAAAUGGCUGAAUAUUUGUCAUUUCCAACAAUAUUUUGUGGUAAAGGAAGAGUAGAAAACAAUCAGCGUCAAGUACCCGUUUCAUAUGCUGAUAUUGCCAAGUGGGAAUUAAGAAGUGUUGAUAGACGUGCUGCACAGUCUGUACCAAAUUUGUUUUUCAAAUUGAAAAAGAUUCAACUAAAACAGGUAACAGACAAAUGCAAUUUAGCCCUUAGAAAAUGCAAAACAAAGGGGAAAACCUUUACUGCAAAUGAAGUAAGAAAUCCUGAUCAAAUUAACAACAUAGUCAGACACAAUGAGGGAUUUUAUGUAUUCAAACAGUUGAGAAAUUCUCCUCCUUAUCUUGAAACAAGGAAGAAAGAUGUUUUUGCAAUGAUACGACAACUUGGUCUACCAACUUGGUUUAUGUCCUUUUCUGCUGCAGAUACACGAUGGAAUGAUCUGAUAAGGGCACUGGGAGUUUUAAACGAUGGCAGAGAGUAUACAGAUUCUGAAAUCGAGAGCAUGACAUGGACUGAAAAAUCAAAGUUAGUUCAGAAAGACCCAAUUACAUGUACAAGGUAUUUUGAUCAUCGUUUUCGUACUUUUUUGAAUACUGUGCUUAAGAGUGAUCAUCAUCCUAUUGGCAAGGUACAGGACUUCUUCUAUAGGGUUGAAUUUCAACAAAGGGGAUCACCACAUGUUCACAUGAUUGUUUGGAUUGAAAAUGCCCCAAAAUACUUGGAAAAUGAUGAAAAGGAAAUUGUUGCAUUUGUUGAUAGCUACUUAAAAUGUGAAAGAAAUACAGAAGACAAGAUGAUAGAAUUACAGGUGCAUAAACACUCGCAAACAUGCAAAAAAAAGGGAAAGGCUGUUUGUAGAUUUGGAUUUCCACUUCCACCACUCCAAACUACAAUGAUAUUAGAACCUUUAGACUGUGAAAUUGAGAAAUACAAGAAGAUGUAUAAAGCUAUGCAGGACAAAAUGAAUGAAUUAAAAAAUGGAUGUGAUGAAAGCUUCAGUUUUCAAGAGUUCUUGCAGGAUGUAGUACAGCUAUCUGAAGAUGAUUAUAUCAAAUGCAUCAGAAGUUCCUUGAGAGGACCCAAAGUAUUUCUGAAGCGCAAACCCUGCGAUCUUAGAGUGAAUGCUUACAACAGUACCCUUCUUCAUGCAUGGGCAGCUAAUAUUGACAUUCAGUAUGUAUUGGAUCCAUAUGCUUGUGCAAUGUACAUUGUCUCAUACAUAAGUAAAUCCCAAAGGGGUAUGAGUGAUCUUCUGAGUAGAGCUGCCAAAGAAGCAAGAGAGGGCAAUCUUGACAUUAAGAGACAAGUAAGACACAUUGGAAAUCAAUUUCUGAACAGUGUUGAAGUCGGAGCACAAGAAGCAGCAUAUUUGGUUUUGCAAAUGCCACUUACAAAAGCAUCAAGAGACGUAAUGUUUAUAAACACAUCUCCAGUUGAUGACCGUGUAAUACUUGUCAAACCUGAUUCAGAACUUGAAAAGUUGAAUGCCAACUCCACAGACAUAGAAUGCAGUAAUAUAGUCAAAAGAUAUGCAAAACGUCCAAAACAACUUGAAAACUGGUGUUUAGCUGACUAUGUAUCACAGAUAGAUGUAGUUUUCCCAAAAGAAAAUGUAACUCAGCUGUCUGAAAUGGAAACAAAUGAUGAUGAGACACACCAGUCAGAAAAUGAAAACAGUGGAUCUGAUACUGAAAGUGAAUUUAAAGAUGAUAGCACGUUAGUUGUGUUGAAAAAUGGAAUCAAAAUCAAGCGCAGAAAAACGCCAAGAGUUAUAAGAUAUGUGCGCUAUAGUUUAAAGACAGACCCAGAAAAUUACUAUAGAGAAAAACUAAUGCUGUUCACUCCAUGGCGAAAUGAAAGUUCUGAUCUUCUGUGUGGACAGCAGAGCUUUGAGCAGUCAUUUAACCUGAAGAAAUUUUUCUUAGCUCAGAAAAUCAGACAGUAUGAACAAAAUGCUGAUGCGAUUGAGCAGGCAGAACAGAUGGCGCAAGAUGAUUUGACGGAAGCAUAUGAUGAAUUAGCUCCUGGUGCUCAACAAUGUGAGGCAGAUGAUGAAUAUGAAGGAAAUGUUGACUCUGAAAAAUUUGUUCACUUUAAUCCUGAAAGGCCAAUUGAACAGAGAGAGUAUGAUAUAGGAAUUGAUGUUGGAAUUCCAUCAACAAGACAACUGAGUGAGCAGAGUUCUGUUAGAUUACCUGAUGAUGAGUAUUUAAAGCUUGUAGCCAGUCUGAAUUUGAAACAACGUGAAUUCUUCAAUCAUGUUAUGCAAUGGAUCAAAUGUAAACAGGAACCUAUUCAUGCAUAUCUCUCAGGAGGUGCAGGCGUUGGAAAGUCAGUGUUAAUCAGAGCACUUUAUCAAGCUUUACAUCGGUAUUUAUGUGCUAAGGAGGGAGAAAAUCCAGACGAUAUACGAAUUCUUCUUUGUGCAUACACUGGUAAAGCUGCAUUUAACAUUGGUGGUCAAACAAUUGCUUCUGCAUUUCAUCAGAAAAUUAACCAAAGGCAGCAAAACAUGCAUUGUGAUGAACUGAACACAUUUAGAACUAAAUACAGAAAUUUGUCAAUUGUCAUCAUAGAUGAAAUUUCAAUGGUUGGCAAUGCAAAGUUGGAAUUCAUCAACGAUAGACUUCAGCUUCUUACUGGUUUGAAGAGGCCUUUUGGAGACAUUAGUAUUAUUGCUGUUGGAGAUUUCUUUCAACUGAAACCAAUCAUGGAUGGAUGGAUUUUUCAGGAUUUAAAACAAAAUGCCCAAGCACUUGCAUGUAAUCUUUGGAAAGAAAACUUCACCUUAUUUGAGUUAGAUGAAGUAAUGCGACAAAAGGAUGAUUUAGAAUUUGCACAGCUUUUGAACCGUCUUCGUCACAAUGAGAUGACUUCUGAGGACUUGGAUAUAAUUCACAAGUGCAUCAUUGCUGAAAAUAGUCCAAAUUAUCCACACAAUGCUCCCCAUCUUUUCACAAUGAAUGCAAAAGUAGAUGAAUAUAACAAUAAACUUAUAGAGCAACUUCCUGGUGAAAAAGUAAUCGUGAAAGCUGUUGACAGUGUCCACCAAGACCACAGUAAGUCUGUGAAGGACCGACUACUCAGAUCAUUGCAAAAUCAAGAUGAUGUAAGCAAAACUGCAAAUCUCAUGUCAAGACUAACCUUAGCCAUUGGAAUGAUAUAUGACAUUACAGUUAAUAUUGAUGUUACUGAUGGUUUGACAAAUGGUUCAUCAUGUACUGUAUUUCUUGUUGAAAACAGAUUACCUGGUGUAUCAAGGCCAAGUAUAGUUUGGGUGAAGUUUUUAGAUUCUACAGUAGGGAGAAUUGCUCGACAGAAAUACAGACAUCUUUUCCAUGAUGAUGUUAUGGAUGAUUGGACACCAAUAUUUGACUGUCAGCGAUCUUUUGUUUUCAAUUCAACUACAUAUCAAAGAAUACAGUUUCCUUUAAGACCAGCUGCUGGUAAGACAAUUCAUAAGGCCCAGGGAUGCACUGUUGAUGAAAUUGUAGUAGAUUUGUCUCAGACAAGGACGAGGAAAACACCACACAUUCAUUAUGUAGCUCUAAGUAGAGUUAGGUCUGUUGACAAGUUGCAUAUUCUGAAUUUCAAUGAGCAAGCAUUAACUGUUGAUGAAAAAGUUGUAGAAGAAAUGGAAAGAAUGAGGAAGGAAGCACCUCUGAAACUGUGUUAUCUUCCAUUGUACAAAACGGAGCAGAACGAACUAAAAAUUAUGUUUCAUAAUGCAAGAUCUCUUCACAAACAUUUUGAUGAAAUUAAAAAUGAACCCAAUGUUGCAGCAUCAGAUGUUAUUGGUUUUUCAGAAACAAGAUUAACCAUCAAUGAUGAACAGAAUUUUAUGAUGGAAG